CUGUCCGUCGGUCUUCUCUAGAAUGGCAUUUGUGUGUGAAAUUGCGUUACUUUUUAUGUGAACAAGUGUAUUUCGGUGAUAAAAAAGUGUGCGGGUAGCAUUUUAGUAAAAGGUUGCAUUCAUCACAAUGUAUACGGAGUUUUAAAUAGUUGGUAUAAAUAUUAUUGAAUUAUUGCAUCGGGGUGGUAUCCCGUGGAUUCUGUUUCAUUGUGCUAAACAGUAAUGGACAGGCUUCCCGCUAACGUUAUUGGAAUUUAAAACAUUCGGCUCACCAGGGAUGGAUGAAGGUCUGCUGAAUGACCUACUCGAGUGUUCUGUGUGUCUGGAGCGGCUGGACACGUCUUCUCGCGUCCUGCCCUGCCAGCACACCUUCUGUCUUAAAUGUUUAAAGGUGAUAAUAGAGUCGCAUAAAGAGCUACGAUGUCCCGAAUGUCGUAUCUUGGUGGAGGCGAAAGUGGAAGAGUUGCCGCCGAACGUUUUGCUCAUGCGGAUCCUGGAGGGUAUGAAGAACUCUGCGCCAAAGAAGCCCACCAGCUCUGGUCAUAGGAAGGCGGGACAUCCCACGGCUCAAACGCAAGGCGUUCAAGUGACGCGCGCCGACUGCAAACAGUUGCCGCCGCACGGUAGAGCCAUGUACGACUAUAUCUCCAAGGAACCGGGGGAUCUGUCGUUCAAAAAGGGCGAUACUAUUAUGUUACAAAAAAAGUUAGACCCGUUUUGGUAUCAAGGGGAGUGUUCCGGAAGAACGGGCAUGUUUCCUAUCACCUAUGUACAGAUCGUGAUACCUCUCCCUAUACCGACGGCGUUAUGCAAAGCAUUGUACGACUUUCGCAUGUCUGCGCCCGAUGAAGAAGGAUGUCUUGCUUUCGAUAAAGGUGCCAUAAUAACGGUGCAUAGACGUGUGGACGAGAAUUGGGCUGAGGGGAGACUGGAACAGCGUGUUGGUAUCUUCCCCAUUGCCUUCGUGGAGCUGAACCAGGCGGCGAGACAGCUUAUGAACAGCAUACCGUUGAAUCGUCCCGUACCGCCGAUACCAGAUCACGCGAGACCAGGACAUUCAGAUCAUAGACAUCAUCCGCAGGCGGCGCAUCGGUUCCAACACACAAACAUGUCCAUGUCCACUCCUAAUACAGGCCAUAACAAUUACCAUACAACCACUGCCAUGUCACAAUCCCAACCCACCUGUGUGCCAGUAUCCCGGGCGAUACUUGAACCUCACACCAAACUAGAUCUAAUACACUUAACCGCUGUACACAAAGGACACGCCCAUGUAGGCUUACAGAGUGUUCGUAUAGCGGACAACUUCGAACGGAGAGCGGUCAAAUACGACUACAAUCCUAAAGUGGAAACCACCUAUCAGAAUAUUCGUUCACACGAACAUUUCCCCGUGUCUGUAGCCAAUUUCAACUCGACUGUCAGUUCGGAUUCAAGUUCCAGUAUGAAUACACCGGUCGGUGUUAGUUCAACUACUACGCCGAACACUAGUUCGAAUACUAGUACGUGCGAGAGCGCAGAACCGAGCUUACCGAGCUCGCCUGAUAACAAUACCGACCGAAAUUCGACCGUAGUUCAACAGAAUACGAAUCAAAACGGCGAGGAGGAAAAUAAUGAGAGGGAAUCGUCUCUCAACACUUCUAUGGGAGUGUUGAGUUUGAACGAGAGUUCGACCGCUACUAAUACUUCGUUGAACGUCAGUUUGCCACCGGCAGAGAGUCCUAAAUUGAAUGCGUCGAAUGCUUCAGUUUUGUCGCAGAACCAAACUGAAAAUACGGAGGGCGCAAGCAAUAAUGAUACUAGAUUGGAUGUUCCAUCUUCGUCCAAGAAUAUAGUUAGAUCUAGCGGACCUGAUUCUCUAUUGAACUUCGGUAUAGGCUUGCAGGCGGCUUUGUCCCCUUCACAUAGUAAAGAUGCGAACUAUAUGGCGUCUAGAAACCAUAGAGAACAUCACAAUAGAGAGAAGAGGCAUAGUCUGACGCCAUCGUCGCAUUUGCAAAGUGGACAUUCUACUCAAAACAGGCACUCUGCGGAAAUAUUAGCCACUAGUCUGCUAGACCACGUGCCAGAAAGAGAGCGUGACAGACCGGACCGCGAGAGAGAGCGAGAGAGACGACGGCGACGUUCUAGAAGCAACGAGCGCCCUCUACCGGCUGCGUAUGUCGCCUUGUAUCCGUAUAAACCGCAGAAACCUGACGAAUUGGAGUUAAAAAAGGGAGUCGUGUAUACUGUGACGGAGAGAUGUCGGGAUGGUUGGUACAAAGGUUGCGGUGACCGCGAUACAAGAUGUGGGGUGUUCCCUGGGAAUUAUGUAGCGCCCGCUCCCGCUUCAGCGCGUCUCAAACAUGACAAGGCACCUUGUUCUCCUGCACCGGUGGCUGCUAAAUCUACGUCAGUGCAAAACUCCGCUCCAGAUGCGCCGCCUAGAGAGAAUAGUCCGCUCACAGCUAACGCGCAACCAUUAACUUACCCUUGGAGUACGAUUUCUCAAGCGCAGCCACAACAGAGCACGCCAAGAUUAGAUAAGAAAGAUAAGUCGAAAGUGGAGAAAUCGACAAUCUCGAGCGGCGUUAGUUUGAUGAAGCGAUUGGCUGCAAUGAAAAAGUGCAAGUCCCCCCCUCCGUCGUACAGUAUGGAUAAUCCUGUGUUCGAAGACACGCCCGGGACUUCUCUUGCGCUCCACGGUACUCAACAUCAUCCGGUACACGUCAGCACUGCAAGCGAAGGCCCGUGGCAGUCACAUCGCAAAUCGCAGUCACUGGACGUGACUGCCGCUAGGAGAGAGAGACCACAUUCACAGACUGUCAAGGAAAGGUUCCGCUGCAUAGUCCCUUACCCUCCGAACUCUGAGUACGAGCUGGAGUUAAAAGUGGAUGACAUCGUAGUUGUAUCACGGAAGAGAGGCGACGGUUGGUACAAGGGCACUUUGCAACGUACCGGACGAACUGGACUAUUCCCAGCAUCGUUUGUGCAAAGUUACCCCCAUGACUGA